AUGGGACAUCAGAUCAAAUUAGCAUACUCUGGAGAGCCCAUCUCUUGUGAGGUGGCUCUCCAGAGAAUCUUCACCCUCACCGAGGUGGCAGUCACCCACCUCUAUAAAGUCCACAAUGACAUUCCUUCCCCCGAGACGAAGGCAAAAUGCACGAUCGUGGCUAAAAAGAUCGACAGGACGAUCCUCCCACGAUCGUGUGAGUCGAUCUCACAGGAGGUUGCCGCCAAGAACGGUGUCACUGUUCUUGACGUUUAUAAACCACCCGAGUCACGGAUCGUCAAGAUCCGUUUCUCUGCCCCAGAGGAAGCACAGAGGAUUCUCUCGAGGGGACUCAUGAUGUUUAAUACAUCGGUCCCAAGUUACAACUUAGAACCAGAGUGCUUUAUUCAUCUGGAACAAUGCCUGAACUGCUACCGAUACGGACACAAUAAACACACAUGCUCACACAUACAAAGAUGCUCCCGUUGCGCUGGCGAAGGUCACUUCUUCGCCAAGUGCAAAGAGAGCAUCAAAUGCUGCAACUGCGAGGGAUCGCACGUAGCAGUUAGCGGAUCCUGUCCAACACGAAAGGAGCUACUAAAAGCAAAACGAACUGAGCUUCGUGAGAACAGAAACACUGCUCCGACAUACGCCACAACAGCUGCCACACAACCCAUCCAAACUAGCACACCCAGACGACCCACGACCUCCUCGAGGACGACCAUGCCAACACUCCCCCAAACCCACGCAUUCACACCGAACACAAACCCGAAAAUACAAGCCAUAUUACACGUCUUAUCGCUGCAAAAUACAACGCCAAAAGAUUCGCAACCAUAG